AACUCCAACAAAAAUAUCUAAACUCUUCUCUUCACCGGCAAAAAUGUCUGGAAGUUUCUUUCCACGUAUCUUAUAUCUUCCACACAACCCAACCCAGAAAUCAUCCAUCGCAAGAUAUUUUAUUCUCUCUCUUCUUCACCCCACUCAAAUUACAUUUUUCUCCCCACAAUUCAUUUAUAUCUUUCCCAUACCCCCAACUCAACUUUGUUUCCUAUGGCUUUUGUUUCAAUUUGAAGACAUAACAUAAUAAACCUUUGUUCUUUUAGGAGGAGGAUCCAACGGUUAUGGAUCGAGAUGGAGGUGGAUCCAACGGUGAUGGAUCUUCUUAUUACUCUGUUCUUGGUAUUCGCAGUGACGCCUCCUCCUCUGAUAUUCGCACUGCUUACCGCAAACUCGCUAUGAGAUGGCACCCUGAUAAAUUCGCUCGGAACCCUAACACUGCCGGAGAAGCCAAACGACGGUUUCAGCAAAUCCAAGAAGCAUACUCAGUUCUCUCUGAUGAGUCUAAGAGAUCAAUGUACGAUGCUGGGUUCUACGAUCCUCUUGAAGAAGAAGAUCAAGAAUUUUGUGAUUUUAUGAGCGAAAUGAUCUCAAUGAUGAACAAUGUCAAAGAUGAGGGGGAUAGUUUGGAGGAUCUACAGAGGAUGUUUGUUGAGAUGGUAGGUGGAGAUGGCAUGAGCUUUGAAUUGAACCAGGAUCAGACGGCUGGGAAGAGAGGACGCACUACUAGUAGUGGAUCAAGAGGCAACAAUGCCAAGCGCAGCAAUCAUUGCCGCUAGCGUUGUGUACUGGAUUGGAUUCCCUUUCUAUUUGUAAACCUUUUCUUCGUUCACGUUAAUAGUUAAUUUUUUAAAUAAUAACUUUAUAAUUUGUUGCAAACCGUUAUGCGUA